CUGAAUGAAUAAGAGCUUCAGUUUGGUUAUCUGGGCUUCGAAUGAGAGAUGGGGAUCCAUUCAUUUGUUUUCUUUUUCAUCCAAGGUUCUCUCAGAAGUCUUCGCCAACACCAAAGUUCAAAGGUUUCUAUAUGUUUCCAGUCUUGCUUGUUUAUCCAUUCUUAAAGACCCACAGAGAAGACCACAGCCUGGACAAUGCUGAUCCUUGUAGAGACGAAUUGUUGCAUCUGAAGAUCUUUUCAAGCUCCUUCAUCCGUGUCCUGCCGAGUGCCAACCUGUGUCGAAUUUCUCAACUCCUAGAUUCUCAGUAAUUGAUCUGAGUUGGCAAAAGCUGUCCACCAUUUACACAUCUUCUCCAUCAGUGUCACUCCAGCACUGUAAGUUUCAUGAGGCAGUUCUGUGAAAAUGUCCUGCGUUAAAGAGGAAUGUGAGGACAUCAGCGUCAUGGAGGCGUCUGGACUGAAGACUGAAGACGAGGAGAUGAAGAAAGAACAAAGUUUCCAAGAUGACAUUAAAGAGGAGUUCAAACAGGAAGUGAAGUCAUUUGAGGAUGAAUAUUGUGUGUGGAAAUCUCAGCAAACUGGUGAUUGUGAAGAGAACAGUGAUUCCCCCGAUCAGAAAGAUCACCUGAGAAUUCAUACCGGAGAAGAAGCUUUCAGCUGUUCACAGUGUGGGAAGAGCUUCACCUCUGAGAGAGCUCUGAAAUGUCACAUGGACGUCCAUGACGGAACGAGACCUCAUCAGUGCUCUGAGUGUGAAAAGAGUUUCAAACUUCCAAGAGACUUAAGACGACACAAGAAGAUUCAUACUGGAGAAAAGCCAUUCACCUGCUCUAAAUGCGGUAAAGGUUUUACAACCUCACAAAACCUUAAAGUCCACAUGACAGUACAUACUGGGAAAAAAGCCUUCAUCUGCACUCAGUGUGGAAAAGGUUUUUCAUCACCAAGCUACCGUAAAACCCACAUGAUGAUUCAUACUGGAGAAAGGCCUUUUACCUGCACUGAGUGCGGAAAACAUCUUUUAACGUCAAGCCUCCUUAAAGUCCACAUGAGGAUUCAUACCGGAGAGAAGCCAUUUACCUGCUCUGAGUGCGGAAAAGGCUUUUCGAUUUCAAGCCACCUUAAAACCCACAUGAUGAUUCAUACUGGACAGAAACAUUUUACCUGCACCGACUGUGGAAAACAGUUUUUAAGGUCAAGCCUCCUUAAAACCCACAUGAUGAUUCAUACCGGAGAGAGACAUUUCACCUGCGCUAUGUGCGGAAAACAAUAUUUAAGGUCAAGCCACCUUAAAACCCACAUGAUGACUCAUACUGGAGAAAAGCCUUUUACCUGCACUCAGUGUGGGAGGGGUUUUGUGAGUUUUGCAGAGUUAAAAGCACACCACGGGAUUCACACUGGAGAUGGGUCUUGUGCCUGUCCUCUGUGCGGAAAGACCUUGAGGCAUAAGACGAGUCUCAAAUUCCACAUGAUGAUUCAUACUGGAGAAAAGCCGUUUUCCUGUUCCGAGUGCGGAAAAGGUUUUACAAAAUCAAGCCACCUGAAAGCCCACAUGUUGAUUCAUACCGGAGAGAAGGCUUUUUCCUGCACUCAGUGUGGGAAGAGCUUUUUUACAUCAUCUCACUACAAAACCCACAUGAUGAUUCAUACUGGAGAAAAACCAUUUGCCUGCUCUGAGUGCAAAAAAGGUUUUGCAAAAUCAGGUGACCUUCAAAGACACAUGAUGAUUCAUACUGGAGAAAAGCCUUUUACCUGCUCGGAGUGCGGAAAAGAUUUUACAUUGUCAGGUCACCUUAAAACCCACAUGAAGAUUCAUACUGGAGAAAAGCCUUUUGCCUGCACUCAGUGUGGAGCAAGUUUCAGCACUCCAAGCGCCUUAGCAGGUCACCAGUACAUACAUACCGGAAACAAACCCCAUCAGUGCUCACAGUGCGAGAAGAGCUUUGUACGUGUUUCAGAUUUAAAACUACAUCAAACAGUUCAUACUGGAGAAAGACCUUUCAUCUGUUCCCAGUGCGGUAAGACAUUUAGAAUGAAGAGAAGCCUUCAACUCCACAUGAUGAUUCAUACUGGAGAAAAGCCUUUUGCCUGUUCUGAGUGCGGAAAAGCUUUUUCAAAUGCAAGACACCUGAAAUCCCACAUCAUGAUUCAUACCGGCGAAAAGCCUUUUACCUGCACUCAGUGUGGAAAAGGUUUUUCAACAUCAACUCAUUACAAAUACCACAUGAACACUCAUACUGGAGAAAAGCCAUACACCUGCACUGAGUGCGGAAAAAGAUUUUCAAAAUUGAGCGACAUUAAAAGACACAUGAUGAUUCAUACUGGAGAGAAGCCAUUUGUCUGUUCUAAGUGCGGAAAAGGUUUUUCAGUAUCAAGUCACCUUAAAAGCCACAUGGUGAUUCAUACACAGGAACAGCUCUUUAACUGCUCUCAGUGUGGAAAGUCUUAUAAGAGUCAGAAAGCAUGUCAGAACCACAUGAUGGUUCACACACAGUGAAGCCUUUUUGUUCAGCAUGAGGGUUCAUGAAGCAGAAGAAUCUUUGGAUGAAUUGGUGGAGAUGUGCCUGCCUCUGCAACUAUGCAGAAAUUUUAAAUUAUCAUAUAUAACAUACUUAUCUGGAUAAAUAAUUGUGUUUAUUUAAGUCAUUUAAUGCUUACGGUACACUAUAUGGCCAAAAGCAUAUGUGCACCUGACCAUCACACCUGUAUGAGCUUGUUG